UCUCUCUCUCUCUCUCUCUCUCUCUCUCUCUCUAAACCACCAUCUCCAUCUCUCUUUUUAAGAUCGAAUAAGGGUGGUAGGUUUAGAGAAACAGUUGAAGAAAAAAAUGGGUCGUGAUUUGAUGCUUUUCUUAGCCAAUGUUGUGCUGCAAGUGUGUUAUGCAGGGAUGAACAUCACAUCAAUGCUGGCCAUGCAGUCAGGCAUGCACCCACUUAUUCUCGUCGCCUACAGGCAGAUUUUUGCAACCAUGGCAAUCGCUCCCUUCGCUUAUUUCCUCGAGUGGAGGACAAGACCGAGGAUUACAAUGCCUAUUUUGUUCCAAAUAUUUUUGUGUUCCUUAACAGGGGUAAUAGGAAAUCAGGUUCUUUAUUUGCUAGGGUUAAAAGAAUCGACCCCAACGAUUGGAUGCGCAUUAACUAAUACACUUCCAGCAUUCACUUUCAUCCUUGCUGUCGUGUUCAGGCAAGAAUAUGUGGGAAUCAAGACCAGGCCAGGGCAAGCAAAGGUACUUGGUACAAUUUUAUGCGUGGGAGGAGCUCUUUUUUUGUCAUUCUACCAUGGAAACGCCAUAGAUAUAGGAGAAUCCAGCAUUCACUGGAGGUAUGGAGAGAAUAUGGAAAAGAAAAGUUCUUCAACUUCCAUUGGCCAAGGAAACUUCAUCUUGGGCCCUUUCCUCCUAAUUUCUAGCUCUCUCUCUUGGGCAAUGUGGUUCAUAGUUCAAGCAAGAAUGGGCGAGAGGUUUCCAGCUCCGUACACAACAACCACAUUAAUGUGUUUCAUGGCCAGCAUCGAGUGUGGGAUCAUUGCCUUAAUUUCCAAACGCAACGUUUCUGCAUGGUCAUUGAGCGAUCCGAUGAGGAUUAUUGCAUCUCUCUACGCAGGAGUUGUGUGUUCUGCACUAGGAUUUGCCGUAACUUCCUGGGCUAUCCAGAUGAAAGGUCCUCUCUACGGCUCGGUUUUCAACCCUUUGUCGCUUGUCAUCGUCGCCAUUUCUAGCUGGGCCUUCCUUCGUGAGAAAUUACAUGUUGGAACUGCUAUAGGGUCUUGUUUUAUUGUGAUGGGACUCUAUUCUGUUCUAUGGGGGAAGAAUAAGGAGAUCCUGAGACCGAUGAGUACUGCCAUUCAUGAAGAUCAGACAGCAUCAAGAAAGCUAAAUGAUGAUGAUGAUGAUGAUAAGAUGGUCGAGAUCAAGGAUGACUUGGAACUGCAGUUGAAUCCAACAUCAAAUGGAAACCAUCAUGUCGCGACUAGAGAUCAGGAGAAACACAACGACACCAAGACGUAAUCCAACUCUGUAUUGUUGAAUGUAUGUUUGGCCAUGCAUGUGAUCAGGAGUACUAUACUUUUAAGUUCAAAUAAAAUUUUCUUCUGAACAA